GGGCUGCGGCGCUAGGGACGCGCGCCGCCCGCGCUCCGCCGCCGCCCGCUGCCGCGAGGUCGUCCGGAUCCUCGCGUGGUAGCCGCUGCCCACUUUCCCCACUCCGGAUCUGGAUGGGAAGUUGGGGAAGAUGGACAGGGUCGUGUUGGGGUGGACCGCUGUCUUCUGGUUAACAGCCAUGGUUGAAGGCCUUCAAGUCUCAGUGCCCGACAAGAAGAAAGUGGCCAUGCUCUUCCAGCCCACCGUGCUUCGCUGCCACUUCUCCACAUCCUCCCAUCAGCCUGCAGUGGUGCAGUGGAAGUUCAAAUCCUACUGCCAGGAUCGCAUGGGAGAAUCCUUGGGCAUGCCCUCUCCCAGAACCCAAGCUCUCAGCAAGAGGAACCUGGAAUGGGACCCCUACUUGGAUUGUUUAGACAGCAGAAGGACCGUCCGAGUGGUAGCUUCAAAGCAGGGCUCGACUGUUACCCUGGGAGAUUUCUACAGGGGCAGAGAGAUCACGAUAGUUCACGAUGCGGAUCUGCAGAUUGGAAAGCUCAUGUGGGGAGACAGCGGACUCUAUUACUGUAUCAUCACCACCCCAGAUGACCUGGAAGGAAAAAAUGAGGACUCUGUGGAGUUGCUGGUGUUGGGCAGGACAGGGUUGCUUGCUGAUCUCUUGCCCAGUUUUGCUGUGGAGAUUAUGCCAGAGUGGGUGUUUGUCGGCCUGGUGAUCCUGGGGAUCUUCCUCUUCUUCGUGCUGGUGGGGAUCUGCUGGUGCCAGUGCUGCCCGCACAGCUGCUGCUGCUAUGUCCGCUGCCCGUGCUGCCCAGAUUCCUGCUGCUGCCCCCAGGCCUUGUAUGAAGCAGGGAAAGCUGCCAAGGCCGGGUACCCUCCCUCUGUCUCCGGUGUCCCAGGCCCCUACUCCAUCCCCUCUGUCCCUUUGGGAGGAGCCCCCUCUUCUGGCAUGCUGAUGGACAAGCCGCAUCCACCUCCCCUGGCACCAAGUGACUCCACUGGAGGAAGCCACAGUGUUCGAAAAGGUUACCGUAUCCAAGCUGACAAAGAGAGAGACUCCAUGAAGGUCCUGUACUAUGUCGAGAAGGAGCUGGCUCAGUUUGAUCCGGCCAGAAGGAUGAGAGGCAGAUAUAACAACACCAUCUCAGAACUCAGCUCCCUGCACGACGAGGACAACAACUUCCGCCAGUCCUACCACCAGAUGCGGAGCAAGCCGUUCCCUCUGUCUGGGGACUUGGAGAGCAACCCUGACUAUUGGCCUGGUGUCAUGGGAGGCAACAGUGGGACCAAUCGGGGGCCAGCCCUGGAGUAUAACAAAGAGGACCGAGAGAGCUUCAGGCACAGCCAGCCGCGCUCCAAAUCCGAGAUGCUGUCGCGGAAGAACUUUGCCACGGGCGUGCCGGCGGUGUCGAUGGACGAACUGGCGGCCUUCGCAGACUCCUACGGCCAGCGGUCGCGACGCACCAACGGUAACAGCCACGAAGCUCGGACCGGAAGCCGCUUCGAGCGCUCCGAGUCGCGGGCCCAUGGCCCCUUCUACCAGGACGGCUCUCUGGAUGAGUACUAUGGGCGCAGGCGCAGUCGCGAGCCUCCGGGAGAUGGGGAGCGUGGCUGGCCUUACAGCCCCGCGCGUCGCCGGCCACCCGAGGAUGCUCCUCUGCCGCGCCUGGUGAGCCGGACCCCGGGCACUGCGCCCAAGUACGACCAUUCGUACCUGAGCAGCGUUCUGGAGCGCCAAGGGCGAUCCGAGAGCACCAGCCGCGGUGGCAGCCUGGAGACGCCGUCCAAGCUGGGUGCACAGCUCGGUCCGCGCAGCGCCUCCUACUACGCCUGGUCGCCGCCUGCCACUUACAAGGCCGGGGCCAGCGAGGGCGAAGACGAGGACGAUGCUGCGGACGAUGAUGCGCUGCCUCCCUACAGCGAGCUGGAGCUGACCCGGGCCCCGUCCUACCAUGGCCGCGACCUGCCCUUCCACAGCAAUUCGGAAAAGAGGAGGAAAAAGGAGCCCGCCAAGAAAACGAGUGACUUUCCAACCAGAAUGUCCCUUGUGGUCUGAUGGUCUCAAGAUGCAUCUCCGGAUCCCUAGAAAUCAGAGGCAGACUGCUGGGGCGAGGCACAGAUCUGAGAGCCAGCAAGCCUAGGACCUUCUCUGACCAACAACCACCCUGGAAGAUGUGCUGAUCUCUGCUUUAGGAAGGGAUAGGAGGCAUCCUUUAAGGGGGCUGAUUUCAAAUCCUAGUGCCCAUCUAGCUUGAGAAACUCACCAAGAAAACAGUGAUGUGUGAGAACAUACCACAUAAUAAACCACAGGGUUUAUCUUGCCCUGCUCUACCCCCC